UCACCAAAAAGCAGGCUAUAGCAGAGAGAUUCUAGAGAGAGAAAUAGAAACCCUUGAUUUUUCAAUGUCCAAACCCUUCAUUUCCUUGUCGCUGUACUCCGAUUGACCUUCUCACAGCUCCCGGGGAAAUCAUAAGGUUUGUUUGUAGGAUCUCCCGUUUAAGCUCCGAGAGUUGAGGAUUCGAGGAGAGAGUUCAUAAGAUUUUAACUAGACUAAUACAGAGAUGUAUGUGGUUCCUCCACCACAACGAUCUGAUCCGCUUUCUGGAUCCUCUGGCGGUUCUACUGAUUUACGAGUUUUCCAAGCUUGGAAAGGAAGCAAUAUUUUCUUCCUCCAAGGAAGGUUCAUUUUCGGACCAGAUGUUCGGUCAUUGGCGCUGACAAUAUUUCUUAUUGUUGCUCCUGUUUCCAUUUUCUGUGCAUUUGUUGCCAGGAAACUGAUGGAUGACUUUUCUGGGGAUUGGGGAAUAUCAAUAUUGGUUGUUGCUGUUGUAUUUACAGUCUUUAUUUUAGUCCUCCUGCUGCUUACCUCUGGAAGAGAUCCCGGAAUAAUUCCACGGAAUGCACACCCGCCCGAACCUGAACCCUAUGAGGGUGGUGUUGAUACGGGAUCUGGACAAACUCCCCCAUUACGAUUGCCUCGUAUAAAGGAAGUAGAAGUCAAUGGAAUCACUGUUAAGAUCAAGUAUUGUGACACUUGCAUGCUUUAUCGACCUCCUCGCUGCUCGCACUGUUCAAUUUGCAAUAACUGUGUGGAAAGAUUUGAUCAUCAUUGUCCUUGGGUCGGGCAGUGUAUUGGUCUGAGAAACUAUCGAUUCUUCUUCAUGUUCGUUUUCUCAACGACUCUUCUUUGCAUAUACGUGUUUUCGUUCUGCUGGGUAUACAUCCGACGGAUUAUGUCAGCAGAGGAAACAUCCAUCUGGAAAGCGAUGAUCAAGACUCCUGCUUCCAUUGUGCUGAUUGUUUAUACUUUCAUCUCAAUGUGGUUCGUUGGUGGCCUUUCUGCUUUCCAUUUAUAUCUCAUCAGUACAAAUCAGACUACCUAUGAGAAUUUUAGAUAUCGUUAUGAUAGAAGAGCCAACCCAUACAACAAAGGAGUGUUGGACAACUUCAAGGAAAUCUUUUGCUCCAGCAUUCCUGCCUCCAAGAACAACUUCAGAGCAACUGUGCCUAAAGAGCCUGUUUUACCUCCAACCCGACUCGGAACCAGUGGUUUUAUGAGUCCAAAUGUAGGCAAAGGGGUAGAGGACAUUGAAAUGGGCAGGAAAACAGUAUGGGGAGACAUGAAUUCUGGUGCCGAUCCAUUUGAUGGGCAACCUCAGAUCAGCGAGCGGUCAAGCGUAAAAGAAGGCAAAUUUGGUGAAGUAUCUCCAGAUAUUAGAACUGCAGUUGACGAAGCUAUUGAACGUGGUGGAUUACAUCCGAGACGAUCGAGUUGGGGAAGGAAAAGCGGAAGCUGGGACAUGUCGCCUGAAGUUGUUGCCUUGGCAGCAAGAGGUAGUGAAAAUCAUGCUGCAGGGAGCAGCAGCAGUGGCAACUUGAUGGUGGACAAUCGAGAAACACGCGAUCAUUGAUAAACUUGUAAACAGAUUUAGAGGUUAUAUGAAACAAAAAAAAGGAUUGGAGAGAAACCAACUUUUAGAGUCCAAUUUUAUGGGUUUGAAAUGGGAUUUGUUGAGGUUUUUCAGGGUUUGUGAUUCAGCUUCCACAUUAAAGUUUAUGUGCAAAUGCAAUAUGCAAGGAAGGUGAGAAAGGGGGACUUGGAUUUGGCAGAUGUAAAUGUUGAUUUGGGUGUGUUCUAAUUGUAUGAGUGAGUUUUUUUCUCCAAUUCUGAUUUUUCUACCUCAUUUGUGGAAUCAAUUAGCCCAUUGUGUAAUGCAUUUGUGAAAUUAGUGUGCUAAA